AUGGCUGAGAAACCUUCAAAUGCCGUGGAGCUUACUGUUGUUGAUACCAACUCGUGCAAGUGGCACGACUUGCCGAUUGACUUCAUGAAAUGCGCCAUACAGGUUAUACCAUUAAUCAAUGAUACGGAGUCGGGCAUGGCAAUAGUCAAGGCCAGAUAUCCCCGGGGCGUCUGUGAUCCGUGGCAUAGCCAUCCGUGCGCGCAUGGAUUGUAUGUUCUCGAGGGCACACUGAAGACGCACCAAGGCAACUACGAACCGGGACACUUUGUCGCAUUUCCAGAGGGAGGCGUGAUGAUACAUGGAGCCACCGAUGAGCAGGAUUGUGUGGUCCUCUUUAUUACGAAUAAGAAGUUUGAGAUCCAUUUUGCGGGGGACAAGAACGAUCCGAAAGCUCCGGUACUGGCCUCUGGUUAG